CCGGUGUUUCCCCCGCGCGGCCAUGAGCAAGCGGAACCAGGUGUCGUACGUGCGGCCGGCCGAGCCGGCGUUCCUGGCCCGCUUCAAGGAACGGGUCGGCUACAGGGAAGGGCCCACCGUAGAGACCAAGAGAAUCCAGCCUCAGCUCCCAGAUGAGGAUGGUGAUCACAGUGACAAAGAAGAUGAGCAGCCCCAAGUGGUGGUUUUAAAAAAGGGAGACCUGUCAGCUGAAGAUGUCAUGAAAAUUAAAGCAGAAAUAAAGGCUGCCAAAGCAGAUGAAGAACCAGCUUCAGCUGAUGGAAGAAUCAUGUAUCGAAAACCAGCCAAGCGUUCCCCAGAUGAAAAAUAUUCAGGUUUAACAGCAAGCUCAAAAAAGAAAAAGACAAAUGAAGAUGAAAUAAACAAGCAGGACUCAGUUAAAAAGAACACACAAAAGCAAGUAAAAAACAGUAGCCUCCUUUCUUUUGACAGUGAAGAUGAAAAUUAGUAAGUAUAUAUUUUUUGGACUGUCUUGAAGAGCCUAUGGGGUGUUUUGAAAAAUAUUUUUUUCCUAUUAUAAAGAUAAUACAAAUGUGUUAUAGAAAAUUUAGAAAAUACCAAAAAAAUUUAGUAAGAUAAAAAUAAUGUCCAUCCACCAGUACCCCUUUAACUGGAAAUGCUAACUCUGUAGAUGUUAACUAGUAUUAACACUUUGUUGAAUCCUUUAUGGGGUGUGUAUGUAUGUAAAUUAUAUUUUUUAACAAAAUUUUGAUUGUAUUGUGUCUGUUCUCUAUCCUGCUUCUCAGCUGACAUUAUAUUGUGAAUAUUUUUCCAGGUCAGUAAAAUUAAAAAACCUGACUUUAAUAGCUAUAGAGGAUUUUGUAAUUAAACAGAUGUCCUACUGUGUGUCUUCCUCAUUAGCAAAAUUGCACUUUGGGUUGGGGAGACAAUAAUGCAUGUCGUCAAGAGUACUUCCCAGCUCCUGCUACGGGAAGCCCUAUGACAGUUCUGGCAAGUUACGAGAGACAAGUGGGUCUUGUACAAGUAAGGAUCUAAUAGGAAUAAUCUUGAUACAAAUUAGGAUCUGAUGUAUAACAUGGUGAGUCUAGUUGGUAAAACUAGAGAGAGAGAGAGAGAUACAAGUGGAAGUCUGCUUAAUAAAGCCACUAGGGUUUUUGAUACAAAAGGACAGAUUUGGCAAGCAUGUACCUUUGUCCAGUUUUAUUGAGAAAUAAUUGACAUAAGUGUAUAGCAUAAUGGUUUGAUUUACAUCUGUGAAAAGUAUUCAAAUAUUUUUAGUUUUCAUGCUUACUGUCAAAUUGCCUUCUAGAGAGGCUUUACAUUUUAUUCAUUUACCAUCUACAGGAGCCCACUUUGCCUCAUCCAUGGUAGCAGUGCACCAGCGAUGGGCUGGAACCAGCCUUUUCAUUUUUGUCAAUUUGAUGUAUUGAAAACGGUGUUUAAUAGUUGACCUUAACUGACGUUUGAUUUACCAGGGAGGCUAAACUGUUUUUCGUAUUCAACAUACCAUUUUGUAUUUUUGUCCAAUUAACUUUUCAUUUCCCAUUAGCACCGUCAUGUUUUCCUUACUAAUUUGUAAAUUAUGUAAUCUAUCUUUUUUGUUAUUGUUUCCCAGUCUCUGUAUCAGAUAAAGAGUCACUUGUAUUCUCUUGUUGUUUUUAUUUUUUACAUUUUAAACUUUGUUCCCUCUGGA